CAUCCUGGGGAGAAGUUGCAUGCUUGGGUGUUUUCUGCCACCCUAGACGUUGCAGCGGGUCUAACAAUGACCCUUGCCUCCGUUUUUACAUGUCUGGGAAGUAAAACCUGGAUACUUGAAAUUGAUUAAGUGAAAUGUGGGUUAUGUAAUCCUGUCUGGUAACUUUCUCCUCAAUUGAGGCAAUAUCGGAGAGCCAUUUAAAUGGCCUUUUAUUUUUUGACCAAUUUAAAAUGGGUGUUGGGGAAUUUUAAGAUGAGUUGAUAUUUUUGUUUUAUUUCCCCCUGAAAAAGCUACAAAAUAAGCUAACCAGUUUGAGUGCUAAACGUGGGUUUUGUUUCAUGCACUGCGAGCGUAACAAUUUUCCAAAAUGGUGUCUUGUACGGUUGACGGUUUGCCUCACCUGAGUGGCUUUCUUCUGUGCUGGAUUCGCGACAAACCGGCCCCUUUUUGUCGGCCAACUGAGCGCGCUGUCUGGGACCUUAAAGGCGGCGCACGGCGGCUUGUCUGCAUAAAAUAAUGGCAGGUUUGGGAUUCGCAACCAGUUGAAAUUAAGACGAAGCCACAGCUCCACGAACUGUUUGACGGAGCGGCGGACGCGGAGUGAUUAUUUUCAUCGUUUGGGAAGGUCAAUUGUAAAACCCCCAUGCAGUCUGUGUCAGUGGAGGAGGGCUGCAGCAGUGCCUCUGGCGCCCCCGGUGGCUCGGUGGUGCAGGUGUGCUUCCCCAGCGUGCGAGCGGCAGUCCUGGACAGCCUGAACCGGCAGAGGGAGGAGGGCCGGUUGUGUGACCUCUCCAUCCAGGUGCAGGGCCAGGUGUUCAGGGCUCACCGCUGCGUUCUGGCUGCCUCCUCGCCCUACUUCCACGACCAGGUGUUGCUGAAGAACAUGUCGACGGUCUCCAUACCGGCGGUGAUGGACCCGCUGGCGUUCGAGAGCGUCCUCAGCUGCGCCUACACGGGCCAGCUGCGCAUGCUGCGCGACGACAUCGUCAACUACCUCACCGUGGGCAGCGUGCUGCAGAUGUGGCACAUCGUGGACAAGUGCACCGAACUGCUGAAGGAGGGGCGGGGCGGGGCUGGGGGCGGCGGCCAGCCGGCCGGGGGCGGAGCCCAGGGCGGGUCGGGAGGGGGCGGGGCCCAGCCGGGCGACGCCCACUCGGCCCCGCCCCCGCCCACCCGCCCCUCCCUCAGCGAGAGCCAGUCCCCGAGCAGCACCAACUACUUCAGCCCCCGGGAGGCGGGGUUCGGAGGGGGAGGGGGCGGAGUCGGGGGCGUGGCCUCCGGGGGAGCCGGGGAGGGGGGCCUGAACUCGACGCCCAGCUACUGCACGCCCUCCGGCGGCGAAGAGGGCUUCCUGAUCGAGGAGGAGGACGAGGAGCAGGAGGAGGAGGAAGAGGAGGAGCUCCUGCUCUACCCCAGGAAGCAGGAGCGGGGGAGCAGCCGGAGGAAGAAGGCGGCGUCCGUCCCGGAGCAGGAGGCGGGCGUGAGCGACAGUUUCGGGGUGUCGUCCUACCAGGGCGGGGACCCCUCCCCCCCGCAGAAACGCCCCACCUACAGCCAGCCCAGCAUCAUGCCCCGGAAGCAGUGGGUGGUGGUGAAGACGGAGCGUUCCCAGGACGACGAGCUCAUCGUGGUGUCCGGCGAGGAAGGCGGGGAGGAGGAGGAGGAGAAGGAGAGGGAGAUGGACAGGGAGAUGGAGAUGGAGAGAGAGAGGGAGAGGGAGAGAGAGAGGACCUUCAGCAUCUCCGACGUCAGGACACUGUCGGCUGAGCUGAGCAACCGAGCGGACGCUGAGAUGCAGGCGCAGGUGGAUUACUGCCAGUCCUCUGAAGACUACCUCAAGUUCGACGGCGGCCUCAUGGAGCAGACCGCCCCCCCGCACCCCCACAGCAGCUCCGCGGGCGGCGGCGCCAGCCGGGCCGUUUCGGCGCUGCUGGGCCCGGUCCAGGGCGGCCCGGUCCAGGGCGGCUCGGGCCGCGCCCAGCUCUUCCCCAUAGACAUGCAGGGCAACCAGAUCCUCCUCUACAGCCAGGCCCCGCUGGACUCCUCCCCUCCCUCCGCCGGGGGGGCGGGGCUGGGCGGGGGCGGGGCCUCCUCCCUGAAGGGGCUGGGCCUGGAGCACGGGGCCGUCCACCUGUCGGGACACGGGGGCGGCGGCCUGGACGGGCUGGACGGGACGGGGCCCGGGGGGGCGGGCAAGGUGUUCAUGUGCCACUGCGGCAAGACGUUCACCCACAAGAGCAUGCGGGACCGGCACGUCAACAUGCACCUGGACCUGCGCCCCUUCGCCUGCCCCGUCUGCGCCAAGAAGUUCAAGAUGAAGCACCACCUGACGGAGCACAUGAAGACGCACACUGGCCUCAAGCCCUACGACUGCCUCGGCUGCGGCAAGAAGUUCAUGUGGCGCGACAGCUUCGUCCGGCAUCGCUCGCACUGCGAGAGGCACGGGGGGGGCGAGGGAGGGGGCGGGGGCGGGGCCGAGGGAGGGGGCGUGGUCUCCCCGCCCCACCACCACCACCACCACCACCACCUCCACCUGAACAGCGACAUCGGCCAGAGCGGCAUUGGUGCCCGAGGCGGGCACCCCUCCUCCGGGGGCCUGGGUGUCAGAAGCGGGAUCUCGGUUCUGUCGCCCCCCCAUCAUUCCGCCGGCGGGGGCGGGGUUUCGGGGCUGACCGCGGGCGGGCCGGGGGCCCUCCUGGGGGUGUCCGUGUUGGGGCUGGGCGGGGGCCACGGCUCGUGCUCGGACGACGUGUGCGAGGUGACCGUGAGCGAGAGCAGCGUCACUUAAACCGCGAGGAGCGGGGGAGGCUGGCGGCCUCGCGCGCGCGCGUGCGUGUGUGUGUGCGCGCGCGCGGCGCAGCGCUCUGGGGUGUGUGCGCUACGUUCGGCCUUCGCUGUUUUUGUGAGAUUUGAAAAGAACAAGGGGGAGAAUGUUUACCUGCCUCAGCUGCAUCUGUGACGGUUCACUUCUAACAGUUGACUAACAGUGGGCCGUGCUCUGCUCUUUUUACAAUGCUCUGUCGUUUUUGCAGGUUGGUAAACCAAAAAGAGCCCUUUCCAUGACUCUUUGUUACAUGACAGGGUAGGGGGAAAAACCCAGUCAUCCAGAGCACCAAUCGUUUCCGAUCCCGCGGGUGCAGGUGUUUGUUUUAGCCAAAACACCUGAUUCUGCUGUUUAACUAAUUGUGGUCUUCAGUCAAGCCCUUGGUGACAAAAAGCUGCACCCUCACUGGCUCUUUUCGGGUAAGAUUGGACACCCCUGGUCGGGAGUAUUGCUUUGACUGAGUGGCGCUGCCCUGGAUGUUGCUCCUUCACAUUUGGAACUGGUGCAGAAAUACCUUCAUGGCUUAUGGAUGGGAAUGAGUCAGGGGCUGAAGACAUUUGGGAGUAUGUGGACUGCCUUAAAGAAGCAGCCAUUUUGGAAGGGGGGGGCAACAGGUUGUGCUAUCUUGUUCCUGGUUUGAAUGCUCUGAUUGGCUCAUCACUGCCUGAUCAAUUCCGUGCUGCGGUGUCACUAGAUUCUGGGUCGUGAUCAAUGUGGUGACUCUGCUGUACGGUUUGUAGAAUACAGUGUGUCUUCUGUGCAGUGGGUAAGUGUGUGUGACAGUGUGUGUGUGUGUGUGUGUGUGUUUGCCUCUGUAGCCACACACAUUCAGGAGCAGUAGGACGAAAAUGGUGGAUACUGGCCAAUGAGAGCAAGGGAAUUCCAACCAACAUUUGCCCAGUAUAGAAGAGAGAGAUGGAGAGGGAAAGGCAAUCACUGUCUGUUGAGUGGUUGUAGCCAUGUGUGUGUGUGUGUGUGUGUGUGUGUGCACCUAAGUGUGUGUGUGCGUGUUGUAUGUCUGCUAACAGAAUAGGUUUUACGGAAUUACCUGAAAACUGAAAAUACAUAAAUUAUUGAGAGAUUUGUAUGCAUUAGAGGUUUGAAAAGUGCCCAGGUUCAUGGUCCAUGGUUCAAUGUCGUUUUGAACUAAUUGCCGUAUUUUAAUAGUGUGUAAAUAAUUAGACUCGUUUAUAUAUCUAUAUAUAAAUAUAUAUAUAUAUAUAUUUAGGCUUAGACAGACGUACGGAGAGAAAGUUCAAACACCGUUUGUAGAUUCUCACAUGCUUAUUUAUACACAGUGAUUCGACUGCCUUACCAAUAUUUAUAUUCAGAAUGAUGAAUGCAGAGUUGAGUGUGCAGUUACCUGAGCCCCAGGGUCAUACGAACCCGUUUGUGGAGAUCCAGCGUCCUGCAGGUAUUAAAACAUGUUCAGGCCAGCGGCACGUAGCUCUGGUCCUGGAGAUCUGCUACGGCAGCUGCUGUCCGUUUAUCCGGAACCCUUUAAAGUGUGAGGUCACAAAUAUGUGAUUAGAAUUUUCUUGACUGAACAUUCUAAUGGUGAUGUAACAAUCACUACUGGUGAUUGACAGCAACGAGUUCUAGAAUGCUGCCUUAGAAUUUUGAAAAAACAUUCCAAAAAAAACAAAAAACCUUCUCUACAAAGUCUUAAAAUAAGCAGGCAGUUAGCAAGCCAAGAAACCAGGUCAGUGUAGUUAAUUGUGUGCGAUAAACUGAUUUAAUUGAUCAAUGAAACACAGUCUGUAAGCAAAAACCUGUGUCUCUCCAUGACCUGGUUUGAGAGUUGAAAGUUUAGACCAGGGCUGCCCAACUCUGUUCAACUACUGCCCAACUGCUGUCCUGUAGGUUUCAGCCCAACCCCUAACAAAGCACACCUUAUUCAACAGCCAGAGAUCUCUGUGCUCUAAUUAGUAGAAUCAGAUGUGCCAACUUACGGUUGAAAUGAAAGCCUACAGGACAGUAGAUUUCCUCCAUGAAAAGGGUUUGGCAGUCCUGGUCUAAUCCUUGAGUUCUCAAACCGGGAUGUGAAUGAAGAAACGCGCUCCAGGUCAUGUGACAGAAGGUUUGGAGGGGAACCUCAAAACAUCACUUGUGCUUCAGGAACAGGAUUGUCCCACCCUUAACCAAUCAGACAAACAAAAAGAGAUUCUUCAAAGGGAUCAAAAUGGGAGGCAGGAACAAAAUAUGGUGGAAUUUGUAUCUAGAAAGAAAAUUAAAACAACUGAGUGUAUAUACGAUUUAAGAGCCAGGUCCUUCAUAACCACGUAGAUGAACAGUAAGGAGCUGGAUCUACUGGGAUUUUUUAAUUUUUUUAAUUUUUGUAUAACACACAAACCUGGGACUCCUCCGGUCAUGGUGGCACAAGUCCGAAUUCUGUGUGCGAGGAUGAGCACAAUCGGUCUCAAGACUUUAACACAGACAGACCUUCCUGACUGUGUCAGGGGACCUGAAAUUGAAUUUAAUGGCCUCGUUCAGAUAAAAAUGCAUUUGGAGUAUGACUAAAUUACUUUCUGUCCUGAUCCCUCCCCCUCGGUUGAUGGUUUUGGGCAAGGGUCUCAAAUGGCAUUCCUGGAGUGUUUGCAGUGUCUGCAGGUUUAACUCCAGUCCUGGAGGGCCGCAGUGUCUGCAGGUUUAACUCCAGUCCUGGAGGGCCGCAGGGUCUGCAGGUUUAACUCCAGUCCUGGAGGACCGCAGUGUCUGCAGGUUUAACUCCAGUCCUGGAGGGCCGCAGUGUCUGCAGGUUUAAUUCCAGUCCUGGAGGGCCACAGUGAGCUGUUUAUUGUGGCCAAGAAUGAGAUAUAUGUGGCUACAUGUUUUACUUCUGUUAAGAUUAUUUACACCGUUUGAAGUGAGUCCAAGGAACAUCUUCACUCGUGCUGCGGCAGUGGUGACAUCACACUCUGCUCCAAGACUGUUAUAUGAACUACUGACCAAGUGCAUCGAUGUCGUCUUCAUUAACCACUCCGUAGAAACGUGAAACAACAAGUAAAUAAAUACUCGGUGCAAACUCA